UCAUGCUGCUGCCAGGUCCAGAGUCUCUCAUGGGUCCCUGUACGGCCUCCCAUUGCUGCUGUCUCCAUCGCCACACUCUGCCAUGUGCCACUUUCAGGUCUCCUCACACUGCUGGUGUGUUCCAUUUUUUGUCAUAGGGUGCUGGCAGAUUACGGGCCUCCCAUUAGCUGCUGCCAGGCCCCUAAUCUGCCAUGGGCCCCUGUACCGCCUCCUCAUGCUGCUGCCAGGUCCAGAGUCUCUCAUGGGUCCCUGUACGGCCUCCCAUUGCUGCUGUCUCCAUCGCCACACUCUGCCAUGUGCCACUUUCAGGUCUCCUCACACUGCUGGUGUGUUCCAUUUUUUG